CACAAUUGAUAGAUUUUUCACUUUCAGUUGUGUAUAUUAUAUUAGGGGAAGAACCAGUUACCAUCACAUUAUAAGUUUUAAAACAGUGAGUAGAAAAAAAAUAUUAAUACAAAAUAGAAAUUAAGUAAAAAUUACAGUCAACAUAAAUUAGAAAAGCUUAAGGAGAAGAAAGAAGGAGUAACCGUGAAAGGAAUUGGGAAGGAGUGGUGAAUAUCAAAUUGCAAGUGGGAUCGAAAAAUCGAGAUUUUUUGCGUAACUAGUAGACUGUGUUGUACAGUAUGACAACUUUUGGAUGGAAAAGAAAAGCUGGAGAAAAUUUUUCGAAAGAUGUUUUUUCGAAAUUCGCCGCUGAUGAGGAAGAUGAUUACCAAAAGGAUUUAAGUUGGGUUCUCAGUUUCAAACGGAAAAAGUCUACCCUCCAGGAAAACUGUCGAAUCAAAAGUGAAGAAUAUAAAGCAGAAGGUGUUAGGUUAGCAGAAUUGCAGAAGUUUCAAGAAGCUGUGACUGAAUUUGACAAAGCUUUGACUCUUGUACCUGCAGAUAACACAAUUUUGGAAAUGAAAGCUCAGGCUUUGUUACAGCUUAAUUGUCCAUUUCCUGCUCUUCAGGCUGCAGAAAAAGCUGUUAAAAUUAAUCCACGAUGGUGGAUUGGAUAUCAGACUUUAGGACGGUCACAGCUGGGUAUUGGAGAUAUUAAAAUGGCAAAAAUAAGUUUCUCAAAAGCCAUUCAUUUGAAUCCAUCUGAGAAGGAACUUUGGGAAGACGAUCUAAAAUGGACUCUUACACUUCUGGAAAAGAAAUCUAAGUUGGAUAACCAAAAUGCUGAAAGGGAGGUAAAGCCAGUUUCAACAUCAUCUAUUACUUAUGACGAAGAAGGAUAUAUUACAUCAUCAGAAAAAACAAUUUCUCAAGAUAAUAGCUUAGUGUUGUGCCGAUUUUAAUUAUAAUAUCUUGUUAAUAUAGGGUCAUUCAAAGUACUGAACUGAAACAAAAUCUUAUUUAUUCCUAUAUGAAAUGACGUGUUACAAAUUGAUAUAAAAUAAAGAAAUUAUUUAAUUGUUUCAUACUUCAUCAUUACAAGUAUAUGUUUUGAGCACCAUUGGUGGAAUAAUAGACAUAAAAAAUGGUACUGAAAUUUUGCUAACUGGUAUCAUUUUAUCAUUUCAUAAGAUAUAUCUGCUGUAUGAAACCAACGGCACCACCAAGCUUUUGCAAAGAUCAGGUGAGAAAGAUAGAUAAUUAUUUUCUUUUUUAAUUUAUUUAAGUCAGCAAGUUUUUAGUGUGUCAUUUCAUUUAGAAAUAAGAUUUUAUUUUUCACUAUUGCAUUUGAAUUACCUUUCCAAAGUUUACUAAUAUGAUUUUGAUUUCACUCAGUGAGAGUGAAUUCUGAUUAAGUCAAUUCUUUUUAAUUUUUAUUGCUAAGAUUUAUUUUCUCACUGAAAAUAGAUUAAAAUUUGUUAUUGCUUUUGUUAAAUCCCCUUCUAAACAUUAGUGUAUGUUGUAUGUUUAUUGAUUUUAUCUAAAACUUUAUAUCAGAAUAUCCGAAUAUUGUAGUAUAAUACAAAAGAACUAAUACACUUUAAAACCUCUGUAUGACCAUAAGCAAACAUGGACUCCACAGAAGACAAAAAUCAUGUAGCAUCAUUUUAUUUUAUACUAAAUAUUGACUCCGAAUGAUUCAAUAAAAUAUUUAGCUCUAUAUUUAUUUUAUCUAAAUAAAACAAGUGCAUAAAAUUUAAUGCCUU